GUAUGAGCCUCCAAACUGUGCUAAGUAGUUACGCAAGUUCCUCCAACUCUUGCAUGAUUCAUUUGUUAUGUUAUCGUCGUGUUUUCAUUGUCUGAGAACAGUAAUUGAUACAUCAUGCUAAUCAGAAGAUUACUUCCACGACUAACUACGAUUAUACCCGUGCGUACGACAAAUUCAUCUCCGGAUCGCGCAAGGCAAACAUGGUCAAUCGUGAAGCAGACAAAGUAUAUGUAUUGUAGCAGACCAGAGAGCCAAAUAGACACUAAAACACGGUUAUGUUGGAAGUGCAAGGCUCUAAUUACAUCAGCAAUCGAAUUUUUCUGUCCAUCGUGUAAUAUUAUCCAACGUCCAUUAAAGAAGACCACUUAUUUUGAGAUCAUGGACAGGUAAGCAUAGUGAAGUGUUGGAAUAUAAAAUAACAGACACAACCUGGAGAGAAACAUAUGCUAGCAGGGAAGGUGCGUACUUUAACGGGAGAAGGGGUAAGCCUUAUGUGACGUUCUAGAAUAAAGUGAUGGUUAACACUUCAGAAUAAGGCCCUGUUGUGUACCAGUCAAUGUAAUGCCCCCCUCCCCUCUCCCCCUCCCCCCUUCCGGCAGGGACAUAGCGGGGAAUUUGCAGAAAUUUGGCUUUUUUGCAGAUAUCAGGGACUUUCAUGAGAUUUACACACCACUGACUUGGCAACCUCCAAAAGGAUAAAAAAGUGAGAUUCUGAACUAGCCUCCCCGCAGACGUCCUUUGGGGUUCGCUUGUCACGCAUUCAUUUCUCCCCCACGGAAUGUUUUAAAUGUUUUAACCAUGGGGAGAAAUGAAUGCGUGACAAACGAACCCCAAAGGACGUCUGCGGGGAGGCUAAUUCUGAACCUACUGCUGGGAAAAGUUGUGAGAAAUGGGUAAAAAGCCGUGACAUGUCACAAAUUUCCAAGCGGAAGGACUUGCAGUGGGGAUUAUGGGUAUUCAGUGGUGGAUCCAGGAAAGGGGCCCAGGGAGCCCUCCCCUCCCUUAUUUUUAGACCAAACUGAGGCCCAAAGGGCUGAAAAAUUGUUUUUUUUGGAGACCGGGCUCCCCCCUUUUCUAAGGGUCUGGAUGUACCCCCCCAUUCCCCUUUAAGGUCUCAAGGUCUCAAUGCGGCACUGGUAUUGAGAGUCACUUUAAAGCUGCAGCAGUAAACACCACAAUCAAUUUUAGGAUUUAGGUUUUGUAAUUUUUAUGUUUUGUUGGUGGUCAUCUUGAAAAAGAGAAAGAGUAAGUCUGCACAUUUGGUGGGAGUGGCAAGUUGUAUAUUUAGGCUAAAAGAGGUAAUUAAACACAGCCGCUUUUUUGGGGGAUUGAGCUGGCCAUCUAUUAAUAUCUAACUUAGAAAUGAACCCUACAACUCCAACAUUUUUUUGGAGUGUGACUUUUUGAGAAAACGUGAGAAAUCAGUUGCCAACUCAUGAGAAUGUGAGAUAGUUCGGGAGACAAAGUCAUGAGACUUGGCAAGUCUGACACUAUCCAAGAUCAGUGGGGGAGCUGACUGGGGUUGGGGGGGGGGGGGGGAAACGGGGGGGGCCGGGGGGAAGCACCUUUAAAGGGGGUGGACAGCAGGGGGGGAGAAUUGGAAGGUUUAUGGGUAGCCGGGUUUAGGUGGGGAGCGGGUGGGGGGGGGGAAGGGGUGGAGGUCGGGGGGGGGCGGACGCAUAGGGGGGGGGGGGGGGGGGGGGGGGGGGGGGGGGGGGGGGGGUAACUGAGGUGGACCGGGUCAAGACCCUAUUAAAUGGAUGUACAGCUAGUGGGCAGAAUUUGAACGAUUUACUGUAGCCUGUGUUUAACACGUUUUUUCAAAAGGAGCAGGGUCAUUGUUUCAAUUAUUGGAGGAAACCUUUUGCCUUUAGGCAACAUGCCUACACCCCUGGGACCAGUUAAACUUUUUCUUUGAAAAAAAAAAUUGCCUUCUGCAUAUCCCAGAAAUUCAAAAGCUUUACUUAAUUAGCUUCAAGAACAAUAGCUGGCAUAGAGCGGUUUUCACUUGACUGUCGUAAAACCAAAACCAAAGUAAAUACACUAGCCAACCAAGGGGCAUAGUAAAACCAAAACCAAACCAAUUCCUCAAUUUCUUUCGACAGUCAAGUGAAAACCGCUCUAGUACUUACUCUGCAGUUACACUGCGUUAAUACUGCAGUAUCCCUUUCAUGCGAGAUCUCUAUUUAGUUAGUGCCUAUUAUUAAGUCAAUCCUUCAACUGUCUGCAGCAAAUAUUAUUAUGAUCUAUGCAAAGUACAAACUUGAAGAUGUUAUGCAGUGUUAGUUGUUUUUGGUGAUAGUCAAAGUUUGUGAUGCUGGACCUUAAUAGAUAAAUUCUUCCUUUUGAUAUUUUCUAGCCCCAAGACAUUUGAUGUCAACACAGUUCAGUUGAAUGACAAGUAUAAAGAACUACAGUGGAAACUCCAUCCAGAUAAAUUUAGCGAUGUUUCUGAGGUAUAGUUUACAAGUAGCUUUACAAGUAGCUUUACCAGAGAGAAUGAGAUUUUUUAAGUAUUGUAAGUCAUGGUCAAUGACUAAUGAUCUUAUUGCUUUUACGGCCAUGAUUGAUUAUCAUGAUUUUUAUUACACAGUAAAAGAUUAAUUUGCUAAUUGUUACUUUCACUUUGCCCUCAAUUUACCUUGUUUACACUCCAAAUGUUUGGACAAGAUAUCAGAUAUCACAGUCAUCCCAAGAUUGAUUGAAAACAAUGUGUAUGCAAAAGUUUGGAGGUAAAGGAGGUGCACUAGUACAGGAAGGGUGAAAGGGCAAAUGUUGAUCAUAGAUAUUGAUUUUUGAUGAUCAUCAGUGAUGAUGAUGAUGUUGAUGAUGAUGAUGAUGUUGAUAAGGGUGAUUGACUGGUGAGGAUGAUUGAUAAUAUUGAUGAUUGUUGUUGAUGAUGAUGAUGGUGAUGACCUGAUAGUGAUGACGGUUAUUUAUGAUGAUGAUGAUGAUGAUGAUAAUUUGAUCAUGUUUUAUAACAAACUAAAUAAAAAACAAUAGACUGACAGUGCCUUUACAACAUGUGACAGGAGGAGAAAAAGAUUUCUGAGGAACAGUCAUCAAGAGUAAAUGAAGCUUAUGUAACUUUAUUAAAGCCGCUCAGCAGAGGAUUGUAUCUUGUAAGUCUUUCACUUUGGAAGAAGUAUCUCAUGUAUAAUGUACAGGUCAAAUUUGAUUUCAGGUUAAAAUGUUUUAACCUAGGUUGAUCCUCAACUUCCUUUGUCUUUUACAGCUAGAGGACAAAGAUAACUGAGAAUCAAGCUACAAUCUUGGAUGAAAAGUUAAGAAUUUUGUACUUUCUCACCCACAGGACACCCACCUGAUCAAUUCGGUACCACUAUUAGCCUUCCCCCCACCCCACCCUGGUCCAUGUUAUUCAAUCUGGGGCAGAAAUGAUACAGCAAAACUUCUUGUGUAGGAGGUAGGGGAGUUGUUUAUAAUUGCCUUGUGCUUUAAACAGCUUUAUAUUGAAAUCAGACAUGACAACCUCCAUUUUUCUUAACAUUUUUGUCCAAGAUUGUAGAUUAAAUCAAAAUUAACUUGAAAUCAAAUUUGACCUGUUAUGGUCUAGUUUGAGCUGUAAAGCUGUUUUUUGAAGCAAAAUCAUUCGCCUAACCCUUUCUUUCUGUGAUGGCCAGAAAAAGGUAAUGACUAUACAAUGGUACACAGGGUUUUCAUUAAGAAUUCUAGUAGCAGGAGAAAGGUGUAACAUUACAGAAGAAUAUUUUGAAAGAGGCUCCAAAUCUAAAUAAAAAUUGUCAUGGGCUACCGAACAAAAGUGAGAGAAUUCUGUGUAGUAAAUGGAGAAUUCUUUGAUCUCCGAUGCCUAGUGAACACCCAGCUUGGUACAUAUUUUAAUGUUAUUCCUUUACAACUUUGAAUUUUUAUUUUGUUUCCACCAGUCUGCUGUAUUUUUUAUUUUUAUCUUAUUAGUCAGGUUUCACACAGCUUUCACUUCAGCUAACAAGCUCGCAAAGCUGUUACCUGUGAAGCUGGGGUAAAAUCAAACUGCCUCUUUUCUUAUAGCUAAAUUUACAUGGUGAACAUGUCACUGAAAGUGAAGCAACAUCCACAGAUGGUGAAUUUUUGGCAGCAAUAAUGGAAAAGUAUGAACAAAUUUCAUCUUCAUCUGAGGAGAGAUUAGAGGAAAUCCAGAAGGAAAAUAAUGGUGGGUGUAAAGUGGAAUGAACUUCACUAUUUAGUGCCUUGAACAGGAUAUAUUUUUGGACCGUAAAAAAAAAUAUCCUUUUAAAAGAGUGUGAUAUAUGGUACCAACAAUUUUUUUUUUUCAAAAAGGCUUAUUCCAUGAUGCUACUUUGAAAAGUUAGUUAAUUCCGUAACGCAAAAUAUAAUGAGUCAGGAUCAUAAAAUAAGGUCCCUUGUCUUAAACAGGGUAUUGGGGAGAACGAUUUCUGUCUCAAACAGGGUCAGAGCACACCUCUAAACACUCCCCUUAAGUAACCCCCCCCCCCCCCCCCCCCCCCCCCCCCCCCUAACUUUCUUUUCGCCCACACUACACUUUUUAUUUAAACAACCAAACACAAGGUAUUAGUACAUACGAUUCAUACAUGUAUGGGAGGCGGGGGGGUGAUACUACAUUUUAUGUUGUGUAUUAAUUCUACCCCCCCCCCCCCCCUCCCUGGUAAAACCAUUAUUAGUAUUACCGGGAUCAUAAACUUAGUUUAUCAACACACAAGAAAAGUGUGCAUUGGAUACAUUUACGUCAAUGGUGAGUGAGCAGUGGAUGACUAAUUCUAAUUUCCUGUGAAUUUCCAACUUUUAGAACACUUGGAGAAGUGUAUUCAAGACAUCUCAGAUGCAUUUGCACAAGGUAAUGACCAAGUUUACAUUUACAUAUGGAGGCUGUGUUAAACUUGAUUGUUCUGUCUGUUUUGCAGUCUUGACAUUUUAUGUUGUUUUCCCAAAUAGUUUGUUUCAGAGUAACUUACAGAAUUAAUGCUAAGCUGUGUGAUCUAGCUUCCUUAGACAUUCUGUUUUCUUUAUAAUACAAAAUGAGUUGCUGAGUUGUGCUUUCAAGAGUCUCAUUUCUUCAUAGAGAAAUUAUAAUUUCUUUAAUUACUGUAUAUCCUAGCAACAACCGAACAACUGAACUCUAACUAAUGGCCUGUCAUACAUUAACAGCUGAGUGGCUGUCAACAAAAUAAUAUAUUAUGUAACACGAUCCUUCUAAGGCUUUUGUCCUUUUAAACAAUCUUGGGCUGGGUUGGAGGCUGGGUCACGAUUGGACUAAUAGAUGUGGCCAUUUAUUGAUAUAUUUACACCGGCCCUUCUUAUUCAUCCAUUUAGCCUACACAGACACCCACUCAUUCACAUCACAUUUUCUUUUUCCUGACAAUAUCCAACAUUUUUCAGGUGAUAUACAGACAGCUCGGCAGGAAGUGAUCAAGCUGAAUUAUUACAACAAUGUGGCAGAAUAUAUCAGGAAUCAGGGAGAUUGGAGUUAACAGAACAGAAAAUUUGUGCUGUAGAUGAAGAGGAAUCAAAGAGGGGAGGGUCUAUUCCAGACCAAAAGACUGCAACAACAAUAACAUCUCCAGCCAGAAAGAAUAUCUCCUUAAUCCCUUUUCAGUGCAAAAAGAAUAGGAGAUAAUUUAAUGGAAUGUUCUUCUCCCGAAAAACUGCAAAAGCUCCAUCAGUACUGACUGACCAAACCAUGAUGAAACACGUGGAAAAGGGGGUUGAUCUUCGCUGCUUUGUUAUCUCAAGUCAUGGAAGGAUAUUUCCUUAUAAAAAAGGGGCAAUUAAGUGUUCUUUCUCCCUUCCUAACCAUGGAAACAGAGGACAGUAAAGAAUAUAACUUGCGAAAGUAUACAUUUGACUUGUUGCUAUUUGAAAUUCAAAGAUUGUGUAUAGCCCGUGGGUAGUACUCCUUGACCGCUUCUUUUUUCUUUGGUACGUGGCCUGAGAUCAGGGCUUCUGGUAGUUCAAUUCAUUUCUCGCUUUUUCUGUUUUGCCGCUGUUAUCGUUCUGUUUGUCCUAUCUUCUUUUCGUUUUUGUUGUACUCUUAAGAGAUUCAUCCAGUGGAUAGUGUUGUUAGUCUACCUUUCAAACAACUGGGCCCAGGUCUAAUGGGUCUAAUUUGGCCCUGGUCAAAU